GGUGCCCUGAAGAACUACUACCUCUUCACUCAUCAUCACAUCCACAAGCGCUCCCUGGACACAAGCGAACACCAUCACAAACUUCUCCGCGAUGAGCCCCAGGUGCACUGGUUCCAACAGCAGCACGAGAAGAAGCGUAAGAAGCGGGAUUACGACAUACCUGGGUCCUACGGUUUUGGUAGUGACUAUUCCAGUUUGUUCGAGGACUAUUCACCGUCUCGACAGCGUCAGGCAUUCCAUCGUCAACGGAAUCGCGGCGCACCACUUCAAAAUUUAUUCACGGAUCCACUCUUCAAGGAACAAUGGUAUCUGAACGGAGGUGCCAAAGAUGGUUUUGAUAUGAACAUUGCACCAGCCUGGCAGAAGGGGUACACAGGUAAAGGCGUGAUCGUAUCAAUUCUGGACGACGGUAUCCAAACAAAUCAUCCUGAUUUGGCGAUGAAUUACGAUCACGAAGCCAGUUAUGACAUCAAUAACGAUGACGCUGAUCCAAUGCCGCAGGACAAUGGGGACAAUAAGCACGGCACACGUUGUGCUGGUGAGGUAGCCGCUGUUGCAUUCAAUCAGUAUUGCGGAGUGGGUGUCGCUUACAAUGCCAGUAUCGGAGGAGUGAGGAUGUUAGACGGUAUGGUAAACGAUGCAGUUGAAGCUCGAGCACUCGGACUGAAUCCCGACCACAUCGACAUUUACUCCGCCUCGUGGGGCCCUGAGGACGAUGGCAAAACAGUCGAUGGUCCGGGCGCCCUUGCCAGACGUGCAUUCAUCUAUGGUGUUACUAGUGGUAGAAAAGGUAAAGGCUCGAUCUUCGUGUGGGCCUCGGGCAACGGUGGUCGUCAUACAGACUCGUGCAACUGUGACGGCUACACAAACAGUAUUUUCACCCUGUCGAUAUCAUCGGCGACCCAGGGUGGUUAUAAGCCCUGGUAUUUGGAGGAAUGCAGCUCAACCCUGGCGACAACAUAUUCGUCAGGCACGCCGGGCAAUGAUAAGAGUGUAGCUACUGUUGAUAUGGAUGGAAAAUUACGACCAGAUCACAUAUGCACGGUUGAACAUACGGGAACAUCAGCAUCGGCUCCUCUUGCCGCUGGAAUAGCUGCUCUUGCUCUCGAGGCUAAUCCCAAUCUGACCUGGAGGGACAUGCAGUAUCUCGUGGUGCUGACGUCCAGGUCUGGACCACUUGAAAAGGAGCCGGGAUGGAUUUUAAAUGGAGUGAAGAGAAAAGUCUCUCAUAAAUUCGGUUAUGGACUUAUGGAUGCAGGGGCUGUCGUCAAUCUCGCCGAGCAAUGGACCAAUGUACCACCUCAGCAUAUUUGUAAGUCACAGGAGAUCAAUGAGGAGCGGUCCAUCGAUCCCACUUUUGGCUAUACACUCAAUGUUUAUAUGGACGUCAGUGGAUGCGCCGGCACUCUCAAUGAGGUUCGCUUCCUGGAGCAUGUGCAAUGCAAGGUGUCUUUGCGAUUCUUUCCACGUGGUAAUCUCCGUUUGCUGCUGACAUCACCAAUGGGAACUACCUCGACAUUGCUGUUUGAACGACCCAGGGAUAUUGUUGGCUCCAACUUUGACGAUUGGCCAUUCUUGAGCGUACACUUUUGGGGAGAAAAAGCUGAUGGGAGAUGGACCCUCCAGGUCAUCAAUGCUGGAAAUAGGAGGGUCAGUUCACCCGGUAUCCUGAAGAGGUGGCAGUUGAUAUUCUACGGAACCGCAACAAACCCAAUAAGGAUUCGAACGCGACAAUUUAAUCCGGUACAGCAACAGACGAAUUAUCCUUCCUUCCCAAUAGAUCACUCAGUGGCAUUGGAUCGUCUUUUUGGCAACGACUACUAUCGGUCAUCUGGGUUUCAGAAUUACCAGGGGCAGUAUGCUGGUGCUGCAUCUAACGUACAGGCGUCAGUGGCAUCCUUGGAUGGCUCAUCAGCCCCAAUUCUUACCAAUCGAUUGCCGGGAGACAUUGUAGACGACGUCUCCAGGAAUCUCCAGGGCUCAUUGGAUCCGUCAAGGAGAAUUGUGCACGAGUGCGAUCCACAGUGCGAUCACCAGGGCUGCUAUGACAAGGGACCCACUGAAUGCGUCGCUUGUAAGACGUACAGGCUUGACAAUACAUGUGUAAGUCGAUGUCCGCCGAGAAGUUUCCCAAACCAGGGUGGCGUUUGUUGGCCUUGUCACGAGUCCUGUGAGACUUGCGCUGGGGCUGGUCAAGAUUCUUGUCUCUCCUGUGCCCCAGCACACCUGCGUGUCACCGAUCUCGCCGUGUGUCUGCAGCAGUGUCCUGAGGGCUAUUAUGAAAACACUGAGAACAAUACCUGCGUCCCCUGCGAAGCGAACUGCGCGAGCUGCCAAGAUCGCCCUGAUCACUGCACGUCCUGCGAACACCACCUCGUGAUGCACGACACCAAGUGCUACGCGGCGUGCCCCCUCUACACCUACGAGACGCAGGACUACAACUGUGCCCCCUGCCAUCCAACCUGCGAGACGUGCAAUGGCACCCUGGAGACUCAGUGCAUCAGCUGCAAGCUCUCGCACUUUUCCCUGAACGGCACCUGUCACUCCUCUUGCCCCCAGGGCUACUAUCCUGAUAAAAAACGCAGGGAAUGCGUUCCCUGUCCCCCAGGCUGCUCCACCUGCGUCACAGGGGCCUGCACAAGCUGCAUCGAUGGCUGGAGCCUCAACAAGAAGAACCUGUGUGCCCCAGUCUCCAGGUCAAAGUGCGACAUCUCCGAGUACUUCGAGGAUAAUCAGUGCAAGCCCUGCCACUCAACCUGCGAGACCUGCGCAGGGCCAACUGAAGACUUCUGCAUUUCCUGCCAGUCUCCUUUACUCCUGCAGAACCGAAGAUGUGUGGCACAGUGUGACGAUGGUUUCUACUCGGUGGCCCAACCCUCAAGGUCCAUUUGUUCGCCCUGUCUCCAUACCUGCAGAACGUGUGUUUCUAGAUUGAAUUGCACGGCUUGUGAGGACGGACUGCAGCUGCAAAGUGGGGAGUGCAGGUCAUCUUGUGCUCAGGGCUACUACUCGGACAGGGGCCAAUGCGCCAAAUGCUACCUCUCCUGCAAAACCUGUUCAGGCCCAAGGAGAGAUCAAUGCGUCACCUGUCCCCAGGGAUGGCAGUUGGCAGCGGGUGAAUGUCACCCCGAGUGUCCCGAAGGUUUCUUCAAGUCUAAUUUUGGAUGUCAAAAGUGUCACCACUACUGCAGGACCUGCAAAGGCGAAGGACCCCUAGAGUGCACCAGUUGUCCUGAACAUUCGAUGCUCGAGGAUGGCCUCUGUAUGGAGUGUCUUGGGGCCCAGUACUACGAUCCCUUAACCCAACUCUGCAAAAACUGUCACGCUGACUGCAGGAGGUGCUCAGGUCCCGGCAAGUUCAGCUGCGCUGCUUGCACCCUGCCUCUGCAUCUCGAUAAACUCAAUAAUCAGUGUGUGCCAUGCUGUAAUGGGAAAAAGAAGAAUGAGAGUGAGGAGUGCUGUCUCUGUGAUCCUGAGACUGGCGGGUGCAGGAACUCUUCCCCUGCGGGGAAGAGGCGGGUCGCAGGGGCUGAAGAGCCGGCUCCUGGGGUGCAGUUUGAUACGGAGUUCGAGAGUCUAGAGGCCAAGGGCACGGGCGAAGAAUUCGCAGUGACUGCUGCCACCAUGAUGGCGGUGGCGAUCUGUGUUGCUGCGGUUGCACUCUUUGCGGCUAUUUUUGUGGCACUGCAGGCCGUGUCCAGACGAAGAGAGUCCAGCCUUGGCUACACAAAGCUGUCGGUGACCGUUGAGCCGCCUGAGGAGAUCGAGGCUGAUGACACGACAGAGCUCAUGACUUAAAAUCCACCAAGUAGAUAGUCAAUGAACCAAUUCAUUUAAAAUACCGAAGAAACAUUCAAUGUCUUCGUCUCCGUAGAAUCUUGAAAAAUCCCCAUGGUGUUGAAACUUGUGCCAGAGGGACAGAGUAUCGACCCCCCCCC